AUGUCUUCUGACAAAGAAUUAGCAUCGUUACAACAAAAACUAGAAAACCUUCAAAAUAUUAACGCUUCGGUUUGUGAACAACUUGAACGUGUCAACAAAGAAAAUUCUAUAUUAACAGAUGAUAAUAAUUUUCUGCGCAAAAAGAAUUCUUCUUUUCAACAAGAAAUUGCAAAUCAUCACAAUGAAUACGCACGAAUUGAGUCUGAACUUUAUCAACAAGGACAAGAAGUGGAAAGGCUAAAAAAAGAAAAUAUUGGCUUCUUGAAAAAUAAACGAGAAGUAGAAAGGAAAUUAAGAGAGGAGACACAAGCCUUUGAAAAAGAUCGAGCUAGUUGGCAAAUGCGUGAAUCCGAAUUAAAAGGUCAAAUUAAAGCUCUUCAAGAAACUGUUAAUCUUAUUGGUCAACAAAAUGAAGCUUCACAAAAGAAAAGCGGUCAGUCAAGUUCUAAUGAUGAAGAUAGUCCUCCUUUAACACCUACAGGUUCACAUUAUACCGCUAUGCGCGAGGCUAGGACUGCACAACGAACCAUUAAAGAGCUUGAAAGACGUGUUAAUGAUUUGACAACUGAAAUUGAAAAUAUUAAACGGGCACAUACUGAAUCAAUGAAUUUAAAUAAAAGUCAUGUUGCUAGGAUUCAUCAUUUGGAAAAUGAGCUUGGUCAAGUUAAACAUAUGAAUCAAACAUUAAUGGAAGACAAUGAAGGGUAUCAACUAUUGUUGCAUGAAAAGACAAUGAGAGGUGAAUUUAUGCUAAAUCCUAUCAUGCAGACAAAUCGCACAAACGAUGAAGAUAUUAAAUCAAUUCAAAUUGAUUCUUCUAUCAGCCCUGAAUCAGGUGCUAUAGAUUUAGAAGCUGAAUUAAAUCGUGCGUCUGAUCUUAUUGAUUCUCUUCAAGGCGAACGUGUGCAUAAAGAGAGUGACCACACUGUGAUUGAAAAAAUGCAAGAUGAAAUUAAAUUUCUUAAAGACUCCAACAAGUCAAUGUCUCUUUAUAUUCAAAAGAUUCUCAAUCGUAUUAUGGAAGCUAAAGGCUUUGAAGAAAUUUUGUCUGCAGAGUGGUCAGCAAAAAAGGCUGCCUCUUCACCUACUUCACCAACAACAGGUUCGUUCCCUUUGAGUCAGGAGCCCGCAAAAAAGAAAAUGGAAAGGCGAAAAACCUUUUCUAGUUUUCACCUACGAAGUGCUUCCCAACCUCAAAAUGUUCUCAAACCUGUGAUACAUGAAAAUAUAGCUGAAGAGCCAGAACAAGUACAAGUACGAUCUAAGGAUGAUGGAAUUGUUCAACUUGCUGAUUUGUCUAAACGAUCACGAAGAAAUUCAACGUCAACAGGUCUAAGAAGUGGAAAACGAUUUAGUUUCCUAGGUUUUGUUGGUAUGGGUGCAAGGGAUGGUGAAAAAAAGGAUGAUCCUUAUUUGAGGCAAAUGAUCCUUGUACAGGAAAAUCAAAAA